UAUUCUGUAAUUUUUGGCUUCUCAGUGCUGGUUGUGAAGAUGAGAAAAGAUGUGAAGAAAGCCAGAGUCCUGACCAUUCGCAGACUGACCAGACACAUCGGGAAACUGAAGUUGAAAAAGGGCUCAGAAGAAUUGAAGUUAAAGAACCAAAAACGAGUUGAGAGAUUAAUAGAAGAAAUCCAUGCUAUGAAGGAAAUAAAGCCAGACCAAGUUACCAGACUUGCACUUAGGAAAGAAGUUAAUUUUGAAAGUGUCUGCAAAAAGCCAAAGUCCACUGCAAAUGAGCGAGCUAUUGCAAGACUUGCAACACACCCCCUUUUGAAAACCAAAAUUGCUGAACUUAAAGCUGCUGUAAAAGCUUUUAAGGAUGCAAGGCAGAACCCAGCCAAAGCCAAUCCUUCAGGAAAGAAGUCCGAAGCUCAGCCUAAACCAGCACAAAAUCCUAACAGCAAUUCGAAUGAGCAAGUUCUUAAACCAGUUCAAAAGCAGGAAAGACUUGAAGACAGAACAAAAAUGAGUGUGAAAAUGGAAACUGUAGGAGGAACUGAUAAACUUAAUGAGAGUGAACCUGAACAGGAAAUGAUGGAAAAUGAGAGAAUCCCAAUAGAGUUUUCAUCUCAUUCGAUAGAAAUGCAAGCAGUCACUCAGACAGGAGAGAACCUUGACUGUAAAAACAGAAAAGAAAAUGUGAGCAUGAAUAAAUUAACUGCAGUGAAGCAAAUAAAUAGGGAUGAUAGUGACCUGGAAGAACAUAGUGAAAAGGAGUACUUUGAUGAUAGUACUGAAGAGAGGUUUUAUAACCAGACAUCAAAUUCUGAUAGCGAUAGCGAUGAUGAUUUCUUCAUUGGCAAAGUAAAAAGAAAGAAGAAAACAGCAGCAGUUAAUGAUCCUUCUUCAGUAAAAGAAGAGAGUGCACCUCAGAAAAAUGUAUUGAAGGAAGAAAAGAGAACAGCAUCUGGGACAGUGCAAAAUUUGAUCACAGAAGGAAAGCCACAUGGAAAAGCAAGGAAGCUGGAAUCGGUGUUCUGCACUUCUUUGUCUAGCUCCAAUCAGAAAUCCCAAAACAAAAGAAAUGCAAGAGACCAACCUCUCACAAACAGACCAGCAGCUCUUCUUAAAAAGGAACCACAGCUCAAGAAACAGUCAUUUGCCAAAACUUCCAUUCUUAAACGUGACAGUAAGAAUCCACCUUUGGAGCAGCCUCUUCAUCCUUCAUGGGAAGCAAGCAGGAGACGUCGGGAACAAAUGUCACAAAUUACAGCAUUCCAGGGCAAAAAGAUUAAAUUUGAUGACUAGACUGUAUAUAAACUCAGAUUUUAAAAUAGGUUUUUUGCAAAUCUGCAUCUUACGAUACAUUUGUAUGUGGUGAAAACAGGAGUUUGAACAAUUUUUCAUUAUAAGGACAGAAAACAAUGUGGAAAUCUUCACCGAGAUAACAUUUUACGUCUCUCAAGAAUUUAUGGCCAUUAAGCCAUGUUUGGGUGUUUUGAUAAUUCCAAUUUCAUAAUGCCACUGUUUAGGGGAUAUGCCCUAACAUGACUGAAUGGGUUUUAAGCACAUCAUCUGUGCCAAGUAGGAGCGGUACAGAUUCUCUGGAGUUUUAUUUUUGUACAAAUGUACUUUGGAUUGCUUGAGGUGUUGGAUCUAAGGUAGUAGGUAAGAAUACUGCUACGGAAGUGGUAGUUCUAGGUCUGUGUUAUCAAAUAACAUCUACAGCAAGGAAAAGAAAUCUCUUAAACUUGAACAGACUUUACAGAUCUGUGAUGAGUCAGGUAGCAAUGAAAGCCAAUUAGUGAUGCACAUGUUGUCAAAAUUCUGGUAAGCAAUAAAAUACUGGCCUGUUAAAUUGUGA